AUGGGCUUUGAAUUGAUAGUAACAAACGGAACUAUUGUCACAGCCAGUGAAGUCCUCUCUCCUGGUAUUGAAAUCGGCGUCAAGAAUGGCAAAAUAUCAUGUUUGGGGAUGUUUCUACCCCGAAGUGACAAUACCCUGGUCGUCGACGCAAGAGGCGGCUACAUUACACCAGGCGGCGUCGACAGCCAUGUCCAUUUUGCCCAGGACAACAGUCCCACAGGAGACAACUUCACCACCGGCUCCCGAAGUUCCAUCGCUGGCGGAACAACAACAGUAAUAGCCUUCGCGUCCCAAAAGAAGACCGAAACGACUGUCAUCCGCUGCGUCGAAGAGUACCACACCAGGGCCAAAGAUCAGAGCUACUGCGACUACGGGUUCCACCUCAUCCUCUCAAACCCAACCCCUCAGAUCAUGGCCACGGAAAUGCCCCUCCUGAUCGAACAAGGUAUCACAAGCGUGAAGCUCUACAUGACCUACGAGCCCCUCAAGCUCGGCGACGCCCAGCUCCUCGAUGUCCUUAUGUCUGCUCGAACAUUGGGCUUUACAACCAUGGUGCAUGCCGAGAAUUCUGAUAUUAUCUCUCUCAUUUCAACCCGUCUCGAAGCCUCCGGACACACAGCACCCUACUUCCAUGCCAUCUCUCGCCCACAGAUCGCCGAAAAUGAGGCCACGUACCGCAUCAUAAGUCUCGCGGAGCUAACCGAUGUCCCAAUUCUAAUCGUGCACAUGAGCUCGGAAAUUGCAAUGAAGCAUGUCAGGAAGGCGCAAACGAGGAUGCUGCCCAUUCAUGCAGAGACUUGUCCACAGUAUCUUUUUCUUUUAAGUGAGAGGUUGAAGGCUACUCAUGGGGAUGCUUUUGAAGGCGCGAAGUGUGUUUGUAGUCCCCCGCUUAGACAUGAUCCGAAGGAUCUCGAAGCGAUGUGGACGGGAAUUGCCAAUGGAACGUUCACGGUUGUCUCAAGCGACCAUGCUCCUUCUACGUAUGGCCAUUCUGGUGGGAAGAAGCUGGGUUUAAAGGGGGAUGUUAUGAGGUAUAGGGAUAUCCCGAAUGGGGUGCCUGGGGUGGAGACCAGGUUGCCGUUGUUGUUUAGUUAUGCGGGGAGGGAGAAGGAUUCGAGGUUGAGUUUGCAGAGGUUUGUGCAAUUGACGAGUUCCGACCCGGCGAAGUUGUACGGGCUGGAGGGCAUGAAGGGGAGUAUUGCUGUUGGCCACGAUGCAGAUAUUGUUAUUUGGUACAAUGAGAAGGAGCUCAAGGACGGGGUGACUAUUAGGCAGUCUGAGCUCCAUCAUGGUGUUGAUUAUACUCCUUUUGAGGGGAUGAGGGUCAAGAAUUGGCCGAGACUUACAUUUUUGAGAGGGAAGAAGGUGUGGGAUCGGGAUAAUGGUGGUGUUGUUGGAGAUGUGCUGGAUGGAAAGUUUUUAAAGAGGGGAAAAGGGAAGAUUGUGGUUGGGAGAACAGGUGGAGAGGUCAAGGGCAUGUUAGCCGGAGAGAGAAAUUACUGGUGCUAGGUCGUAUUCAAUUCUUGCUUGACCUCAACUUAUUUUCAGCUUUGUAUGUCCUCCAGAAGUGGUGGGGGUCUUGCGUUGUUGGGUGAAAGUACGUGGUGGG